UGAAAACAUAGCUUAAAAAUAUUUUGAAGUUUUUUUUUUUAUAAUCUAGGAUUUAUUCGUGUGUAGGCUGUUCGGUGAAAUACAUUCCAACUGAUUGAACAUAAUUUUUCCUAAAUGAAAAGUCAUUUUAUAAAUAAGUAUUUAUGAUUGUUCAAAGGCAACUUCAACGUAGUGUGGUUUGAAAAAAGCAAUGGAUGUUGUAGAGGAAUUGAAACGAGGUCUGAAUGGUCCAAAAAAGUUUGUUCCUUUUUGGUAUAAAUUUGACGAAACCGGAUGCAAUUAUUACAACGAAAAUAUCCAGCAUAAUAAGGACUACUAUCUGCAUAAAUCUGAAAAACAGCUCAUCAGUGAAAAUGUUUUGGAUUUGAUGACUACUGUAACUCAACCAUUUUUACUAGCUGACUUAGGCUGUGGAACUGCAGAGAAAACAAAAUAUUUCAUCGACGAAUACUUGACCAAAGAGUCAACCCUGACGUACAUGCCCGUGGAUAUAUGUAAAGAUUCUGUCGAAACUACAAGCAAAACUCUGUCCGAGACCUAUGCCAAACGGUUGAUCAUUGAUGGAAUUGUAGGAGAUUACCAUACAGUCAUUCCCAAAGUCUUAAAUUACCCUGGACAAAAGCUUAUAGUAUGGUUGAGUGGUUUAUUUAACCUUCCUUAUUCAGAACAAAUCGCGCUGCUUUUAUUGGCUUCAAAACGUCUUUAUGACAAUGACAGAUUGCUGGUAACAUUUGACAUAACACAGGAGAAAGAAACCAUAGAAAAGGCUUAUAUUGAUCCAUCAGGAUUCCUUGCAAAAGUCAACUUGAAUGUAUUACACAGACUUAAUAAAGAGAUGGGUGCACAUUUUGACGUUUCGCAAUUUGUAUACGAAGGGGAAUUUAUACUGGACAAAGACCAUACCAAACCAGGGAAUAUGCAUAGAUGGUUAAGGUCACUUUGCAAACAAACUUGUUCUAUAGAUGGUCUCAACAUGAAAGUUGUGUUUGAAAAGGGAGAAAAACUUCAGCUCAGUGAAGAAGGAGGAACAAGUUAUAAGUAUACAGAGAAUCAAUUAAACACGUUAUUUGAAAGAUCUAAUUUGAAAAUAGUCAAGCUGUGGAAAAAUGAACACUGCGCCAUGGUUUUGUUGAAAAGCUCUUGCUGAUCUUUGUUGAACUGCGUAUACAAAAAUCCACGAAUACUCCGAUUUAUGUUUGAAUCAUUAACAAAUGAGUAUUGCAUAAUAAAUCAUGUUUGUCUUCA